AUGGCUACAUAUGUUGCAGAUUUAAUGGAGUUUUCUCUUAAAACUGAGACUGCAGAUGAUGUCAGGAUUUUCAGAAUCAGAUUUGAUGUCUUCUCAAAUAGCAAAUGUAAAAUCUGCUGUGAAGCUAUGUUUUCCAUUAUAUAUUCAGUUGAUGUUGGAUACACAGUUGUACUAGAAUGUGCUACAUAUUGUGAAGCCAUAAGCUGCUUCAAGGAUCAAGUUUCUUUAGAAGAAAGUUCUAACAAGCAGUGGUAUGGAAAAAUUGUAUCUACAAAGGCAAUUCUUGACAAAAACACAAAUCAGUGCAAAGGUUAUGGUUUUGUAGAUUUUGACAGUCCUGCAGCCGCACAGAAAGCGGUAGCAUCUCUCAAGGCAAACGGUGUGCAGGCACAGAUGGCUAAGCAACAAGAGCAAGACCCAACAAACCUAUACAUCUCAAAUCUCCCCAUUUCUAUGGAUGAGCAGGAACUUGAGAAUAUGCUGAAACCCUUUGGACAUGUCAUUUCCACAAGAAUACUAAGAGACGCUAAUGGAGUCAGCAGAGGUGUUGGCUUUGCCAGAAUGGAGUCUACUGAAAAAUGUGAAGUGGUAAUUCAACAUUUUAAUGGAAAAUAUCUGAAAACACCACCAGGCAUCCCAGCCCCCAGUGAGCCUUUGCUGUGCAAAUUUGCUGAUGGAGGACAAAAGAAGCGACAGAAUCAAAGCAAAUAUACCCAGAAUGGGAGGCCUUGGCCCAGGGAAGGAGAGGCUGGCAUGGCUUUGACCUAUGACCCCACAGCUGCCAUACAGAAUGGAUUUUAUUCUUCACCGUACAGUAUUGCAACCAACCGCAUGAUUCCACAGACAUCUAUCACGCCAUUCAUUGCUGCUUCCCCUGUCUCCACAUACCAGGUCCAGAGUACUUCAUGGAUGCCUCAUCCGCCAUACGUUAUGCAACCAACAGGUGCUGUGAUUACACCAACCAUGGACCAUCCCAUGUCAAUGCAACCAACCAACGUGAUGGGCCCCCUGACACAGCAGAUGAAUCACCUUUCAUUGGGCACAACAGGAACGAUUCAAUCCCAAGACAGGAUUAUGAUACUCCACCAGCUGUUGUGUCAGUAUAUGACUGCUGCUGCUCCUAUGCAAGGGACCUACAUUCCCCAGUACACGCCUGUGCCUCCGACAGCUGUUUCUAUUGAAGGUGUUGUUGCUGAUACCUCUCCCCAGACAGUGGCACCUUCAUCCCAGGACACCAGUGGUCAGCAGCAACAGAUAGCAGUGGACACAUCCAACGAACAUGCACCUGCAUAUUCUUACCAACAGUCUAAACCAUAAACAGGACUGAAGAAUGUCCGUCUGAAUCUUUGCCUUGAAUGAAGAAACUUCGUUGAACAAGAAGUUGGCUUCCAGUUUGCACAGACGUCAAUGGAAUGCAUUUUUUUUUUUUUUUUUUUUUUUUAGUUUUAUACCUUACCCAAUGAAAACAGUUUUUAUGUGCUGUGCAAA